GCUGGGAUUCACACACAUGAUAGUAGUUAUAGGUAGAUAGUAGUAGUUUAUGUAUUUUUCGUUGCUUUCAUUCUCAAACUGAUGAAUCUGGAAAGUGCUUGAACUUGAAUAAAUAUAUUGUUGCCGUUUUUCAACGGUAGAAAAAUGGCAGUUCUAAUGAAAUUCCUUGUGAUACAUAUCAUAGCUACUAGUGCAGUUUUACCGCAUGUCUUUGCUGCCUCUGGAAACAAAGGAGAUCGUGGGGAUGAAGUGACGUUGCAGAGUGUUAGUACUACUGGUUCCAAAGAUCUCGUUCGAGAAGCUACUGGGUGGCAACAACCCACGUAUGGUACUCAAGUGUGGUACCCAUCAGGAGGAGGAAGUAACAAAGGAUGGGGCGGCUCAAACGAUUAUAACAGAUACCCAACUUAUUAUCCUGGUGGAGUUCAAACAGCCGUUGGCGGAAACCCUAGUGCAUUCAGCGGUGCUUCAUAUGCAGGAAACGUUGGCGCAUACGGUGGGAACCAACUUGGAUAUGGUGGAAAUUACGGCGGAAGCAAAGGGGGAUACACCGGUGGGACAGGUGGUUACGGAGGAGGAUCAGGUGGCUACGUCGGUGGAGGUGGUGGAUACGGCGGAGGAUCAGGGGGAUAUAGCAGAGGUGGAUACGGGGGAGGUGGAUACGGAGGAAGUGGAGGUGGUGGAUACGGUAACAAUAAAGGUUGGUCUACGGGUACUUCUGGAAGUUAUGGCAGACCAUGGAGCGGCGGGCAGACCAAGGGAGGAGGCUGGUACGGUGGCCAAGGAGGGAGCUAUGGUGGCAGUGGAGGUGGUUACGGAGCAGGAAGUGGCGGUUAUGGAGGUAAUUAUGGUGGUAAUUAUGGUGGUAAUUAUGGAGGGGGAGGAUGGCAACCGGGUGUAGGUGGUGGAUCGAGGGGUUGGGGUGGUAAUCAGGGUCUUGGUGGUGGAAGCUAUGGUGGAAGGCCAGAAGGUGGAUAUGGCUAUGGAAACCAGAAAGGCGGAGGCUAUCGCAAUAUAAAUCCCCAAGAAAAUUCUUGGGGUGGAUACCAAGGCAAUUACAAAGGUGUUUCAAGUCCUAGAAUGAACAACGUUGGAUCCUGGUCUAACACUGGAUACAGACCAGGGUAUGGCAAUAAUCAACGUGGAUAUACCAAUAACAACAAAGGAUGGUGGUAACCCCAGAAAAAAACUUCAUUAUCGAUUCCUUCCACUAUUUUAAGGAGAAUAAUGAAUGUUUGUUAUAACUUCAAAAGAAAUUAAAUCAUGUUUGAAAAUAAUCACUGAUAUAACUAAUAUUUCUUCAUGUUUAUGUUGAUUCAUUUACAGUUUACAGUAAAAUUUCUUUCUUCAAUUCUUCUCCCUUCAGAAAAAUUAAUAAAAAGUAAACGAAUUGGAAAAAUUAAAUAAGUUUAUGUUUAAAGUAGUAGUUGUGUUAUUAUUAGACUAAUUUUUGGGAGAACUUUUUCUGGUGAUUGCUUGUAAAUAGAUACAUUUUCUGAGGAGUUAAUUUUAAUGCUACAAGAAAAAGGAAUUAUUUUGCAUAAAGUUAUGUAAUAAUUUCGUGUUCUAUUACAUUAAACGAAAGACAAUCAUAUUGUAAAAAGUUUUGUUCUCAUAUUUUUGUACGUCAUGUUAAAAAUUACGUUUUUCUUUGUUUGAUUGUCCCUUGAAUUUUGUUAACUGAUUGCGAUUGAGCUUUUAAGCGUGUGUAAGGUCGCUCAAACAUUAGAUUAUUGUUUGUUAUUGCUCAUGAAUGUAUAAAAAUAAAAGAUAAAAAUAGGCAA